AUGAGCAAGGCUAAAAAGGAGAAGAAGCUACAGCUGGAAAAGGAGCGUGCUGCAAGAGAAGAAGAUGAGAAAAGACGAGAUGAUUACCGAGACGACCGCGGUAGCCGCGAUAGAGAACGCGAAAGGGACAGGGAUCGCAAAGAACGUCAUGGAAGAAGAGAUCGUAGCAGAGGCAAAAGGAAACAGGUUAUUCGUCGUGCCUCGUCAUCAAGGGUACCUGUUGUAAAGAAGGAUUGGAUAUCUUGUGUCGCGAUGCUAGAGGCUGACUUAGCCAGAGCGACAGCUGAUUUGGAAAUCGCCAGGCGUGAGAUUGAGGAACUGAGUGCGGAGCGCCCACCACCGUGUUUAAAGUGUGCCGUACUUCAGAAAAAUUAUGAGGAGUGCCAAGUGCACUUUAGAAUAUUAGUUGCCAAAAAUAGGCGUGAGACGGAGGCCGCUGAAAAGACCAGAAUUGUGGAACGUAGGAGGAACAUGAAUUUGAAUAAGGAAGUUCUCGAGUUUAACGAAGAUCUGCAUAACGUUAGGCGUCUAUUCUUGUACAACGAAGAGCUUGUACGUCAACCUCAAACACUACUGGAGAAGGCUCUAUGGGAAGAGAUCGUAUUAUCAAAAGCCAUCGACGAGGCCUUUGUGGCGAGAUGGCGGCGCGAACGGCGGCAGAGUGCGAAAACAACAGGGCGAGGGAGCGCGCGGCUGGCUGAGGCGCCAGCUGGCGAGCGUGUAUCGACCGCCACAAGCGCGCUCCGACUGUUGCCGCCGUUCCGACGCUUCUGUGCUUCGCCUACACGAAUCGUUUUAGCUCUUAAAUGUCUAUUAUACCGGACGAGUGGGAUGCGAGGUCGAAGUGUCGUUUAUCGAUCCGAUGCCGAGAGACGCCAUAGCAUCGCUGAGGCCUGGCAAAGGAUCGAACAACGAAUGAAUGCUAUGGGAUACACUUUUGAAUUGCCUCAAUUGAAGAAGAAAUGGAAGCAGUUGAAGGAUCAGUUUGUCCGCGAGAACAAAAUGUUCGAAGAUCACAACUCAAAAUGGCAGUUUUAUGAAGAAAUGAGCUUUCUCAAUCAGAAUGAAAAUUUGUGCAACUAUGAGCGGAGGUCUUGCAGCUCUGCAGAUUAUUUGUCCAAUGGAGAUCUCUCAUUACAAAUGAACAAAACCAGCGAUAAUGGAGAACCGCUUUUCGAGCCAAGAGCGGGUGUUAUCGAGGAGGAAGGUACAUCCCGAAGUACAGAAGUGAAAUCUGAGGUUUUGGAUCCCGAAGUUGAUGUCACUAACCUCUUUGGACAAGAACGAGGAGCAAUGGUAUCAUCGAGUGGGAUCGUUCUGUCUGAAACAGUGGUGGACGAAUUGCUCAGAAUGGUGUUGUCACGCAAAGAUACGCUGCUCAAUGAUAGCUGUGAUGAGAAACAGAAAGCAAGAGCUUGGAAAGAAGUACAUGAAUUCAUUCGAGCAAUUACGAAAGUUACGCCAUCGGUGGAGGAGUUGAAGGAAUUGUUUCGUAGAAAGCAGGUCUACAUCAAUGACAUAGUGUCGCAACACGGAAAGACCGACAUCUUCUCAGUGCACGGAUUCGCUCGGUAUAUACAGAGCAUUGUGAGCAAGUGUCUACCCGAAGAAAAGUUUUCUGCACGAGAAAGGGAACUUGGGACGUACAUACUGCGUAAAACUCUGUCUCCAAAUGAGUAUGCGCCAUCUUCGAGGAAAAGACCGAGGCCAGGCGACUCAACGGAACGUCCACAGGAAAAUGGCGUUUGUCGCGAAUGCGGUUCCAGAAAUGCUACGCGGCAGUCCUGUCCUUGCACCAUUGAUAAUGAAUGUUUGAAGACGUCUCUGCAAGAAAUGCUGAAGGCCCAAAAAGCCUAUUUUGUGGUGGCGAAAGAAGUUCAACGAGAGCAACUACGGGUACUUUCGUCAUUGGGAAGUGUCUUAGAACGGGUGGCAGACAAACUGCCUUCUUUUGAUUUUACAUGCAAGUAAACAUAUCUGUGUCCUAUAUCUCACUAAUUCAGUCAUCUCAUUUUGCCAAGGCUAAGUAUUUGCGUUUUACGUAUAAAGCAUUCCAUCAUGACUAAAAGAGUAGAACCCAGCAGAGCUUGUGCCUG